AUGUCAAAUCUCGCAUCUGAGGAGACAAACAAUGAGUCUCAAGACCAACCCGUGAACGUCCCAUUUGACUAUACCGUUCCUCAUGUCUCUAUUCUAAAGGCAACUUAUCUAUGGAAGGCCAGUUUCUGUGUUGCUGGCCUACGUCUAUUUUGUGAGUCGCCAUAUGUGAGACCAGCAUUGGAUCUCACAUGGUCUGGAUAUCUUGAUGCCCUUUAA